AUGCGGCAGAAAGAGAGCAACGAUGUGGGUCCACCUCCAGAUGGCGGCACACUGGCCUGGACACAGGCAAUGAUGGGGCACCUCGUCGCCUUCAACACCUGGGGCUUCCUGGCCAGCUUCGGCGCUUUUCAAAGUUACUACGAGUCGGACAUACUUUCCUCGAAUUCGGCCUCUGAGAUAGCCUGGAUCGGCUCGCUGCAACUAUUCUUGAUUUUCGCCGUGGGCACCAUAUCUGGUCGUGCGCUUGAUGCAGGACUAUUCAGGCCAGUUUACAUCUCUGGCUGCAUACUCUUAGUCGUGGGCGUCUUUUGUACCUCUGUGAGCCAUACCUACUGGCAAGUCUUCCUCGCACAAGGGCUCUGCGCCGGCCUGGGCUGUGGAUUGAUGUUUACGCCGGCCAUUGGACUCGUUGCAACAUACUUCUCGACGAAAAAGGUGUUCGUUUUGGCUUUCUUCCUCACAGGUUCUGGUACUGGUGGGAUAGUAUUCCCUGUCAUUUUCGGUCAGCUACUCAAUCGAAUUGGCUUUGCCUGGACCGUCCGGGUGCUUGGGUUCAUAAUGCUCGUCACGAGCGCUCUCACUAUUGCACUUUUCCGAACACGCCUGCCACCUCGCAAAGCCGGUGCGUUGAUCGACGUGUCUGCGUUCCGUGAGCGGGUAUACGUCCUUUACAUUGCAGGCAUGUGGUUCAACUUCUUUGCCUUGUACUUUGCCUUCUACUUCAUCAGCGCGUUUGCCCGAAACGUGAUCGGUCUGUCGUACGAGUCAUCGUUGCACCUGCUGAUCACCACCAACGGCGUUGGCAUCAUCUCUCGGCUUACUGUUGCGUACAUCGCCACGAAGUGGAUACAGCCGAUCACAGCCGUCAUUCCAUGCGCUCUCAUUGCCGCAGUGCUCAUGUACAGCUGGGCGGCAGUCAACGAUACCGCAGGGCUGUACGCCUUCGCAGUCUUGUACGGCAUCGCAUCCAAUGGCUUGCAAGGUUUGUGGCCAGGCGGGUUGUCCAGUUUGAUUGUGGAUGACAGCAAAAUUGGCACACGCAUGGGUAUGGCCUUCAGUAUUGUGAGCACAGCUCUUUUGACAGGAUCGCCGGUGGGAGGAGCGUUAGUGGCGAUGAACAAUGGGCGGUACUUGUAUGCCCAGAUGUGGGCAGGCUCCUCGUUGGUUUUAGGAUCGUGCUUGCUGUUGCUUGCUAGCCGAUUGCAUAGAAGCGUCACUAAAAUGGCAUAUGGGUCUCGUCUGUAA